CUGUGAGUACCACGCGGUAACUUCUCUUUCUGACGUGCUAUACUUUCGAGCCUUUUAGGUGAAAUUCUCGUGAAGAAAAGUGUUUGAAUAGACACUUUUGACGAAAUUUGACUUUAGUCAAAUUUUUCUUUUGGAAGAUAUGACAUCCAUGUGCGUGGACUGUGGGAAGGGUGUCACCUCACGUUCAAAGGCCGUCCAAUGCGCACUGUGCGACAGAUGGAUGCAUAUAGUCUGCUGUAACAUUGAUAAUGAUCUUUACCAAUGUCUUCAGCGCACUACCUCUAAAGGCAUCAACUUUCACUGCGAUUCGUGUCUAACAUUGGUCAGCGACAAGCAACUUCUGACGAACCCUUUCAACGUACAUACUGCUUCCGCGCAAGCCGUCUCUAACUCGGACAGCGAGACACCUAACUCUGCAGUGUGUCUGACGUCGUCUGGGUAUUCUACACCGAAAGGGAAACGAAGCCGCGCGUCGUCCACCACGCUGGACUUAACACCGUUGCCCAGUGAGAACGGGAAUGGACUUAUGCAUAAGCCCAAGUCCUAUGCCGCAGUCGCGAGCGCUAGCACCUCGGCAAAAACAAGGACAACCAUAGCUGAGAACAAGGCCUCAAAGAAGAUUUCCUCACGACCCAAGAUAAAAUCAAACACCAAAAACGUGGAACUAAAGCUCGUCUUAAAUAGAGUAGCGCAGCUUGAGGAACUUGUCAGAGAAAAGAAAUGUCCACCAAAGCCAGCAUCACCGGAACGAGACAAGCGGCCUGUUCGCAACCGCUGCCUGAUAAUCACAAACGUCCCAGAAUCCAACAAAGAGACUCCAGCUGAAAGGAUGCUCGACGACCAAGCCUUCCUCAAACGAAUGGUCUCCAUGUUGUUUGAUGAGCAUGAGCAAGGAAUAAACCUAAUCUCUGCUUUUCGCCUUGGCAGAAAACAAGAGGACCCAGCCAAGUUUCGUCCUCUGAAAAUCGUCUGUCAGGAUGAAGAAGAAUGCCAACGCAUCCUGAGACGGACCCCGCGCCUCAAGGGAGAAACCUUCUACGUUCUGAAAGACCUCUCCCCGGAGGACCGAGUCCGAAUGAGGCAAGCUGUCUGCGAGCUGCGAACUCGACGCGCAAAUGGAGAAACAGAUCUACACAUAGUGGAUUUUCGCGUAGUCAAGAAAACUCAGAGAGCUCGAUGGAGGCCAAUCCUCCUUCUUCCAGGACCUCAAACAUAAAGAAUGGACUACGGGUAAUACUCGCAAAUGUGCGCAGUCUCAGAAACAAGCUAGAUGAGAUUCCACUCCUUAUCUCUGAACAGCAACCGGACCUAAUGGCGUUCACCGAAACCUGGCUUUCAUCUGACAUAUCUGACUCGGAGGUUCAUGUUUCAGGAUAUCAGCUACUUCGAUGCGAUCGCUUUGGUGGGAGGUCUGGAGGCGGAGUAAUCCUCUACACAAAGAACUACCUCAAGGCCCACAUUGUCGAACCCGAUUGUGACAAGGAUGAUAUGUCGGAAAUGCUCUGGUGCCGAAUUCAUGACGGAUACCAGUCGCUGAUGGUCGGGGUGGUCUACAGAGCCCCUGCAGCACCUGGCUCACACUUACUACGUUCCGUGCGAACCAACAGCAGAGGAACAAAUUGUCUCCUUAUGGGGGACUUCAACGCCCCCAACGUGAUCUGGGACCUACUUCACAGUGAUCUCUCACCUGACUCCUUUGAAGUUGCUCUCCUUGAUACCGUUCAUGAGUGCAACCUGACACAGCAUGUCCUGACACCAACGCGAAUGAUCCCUGGUCAGACACCAAACAUUCUCGACCUGGUUCUCACCUCGACACCAUCUGAUGUCUCAGAUCUAACGAUCCUCCAACCUCUUGGGACGAGUGAUCACUGUACAGUCUCCUUUUCGUGGACACGACGCCUCACAAUCCACGAUCAGGGGACACUGCGUCGAAAUUUCUGGCGUACUGACCGGCCCAGAUUAAGAACGACUGCAAGUAACAUGGACUGGAGUAUCCCGCAAUCCUUAGAGCUUGAUGACGCAUGGGAACGCCUACGAUCUAUGAUGAUGCGGCUCGUUGAACAGUUUGUUCCAAACUGCAAGAGCAGACCACCAUCCAAAGGACCCCCAUGGAUUGAUAAAGAAGUAAGAUCCCUAAUGAAAAAACGUCGAAAACUAUGGGAUCAUUUCAAAAGCACAGGACAGACAUCAAGCUACUUAGAGUACAAAACUGUCAGAAACCUAUGCACCCUGAGAAAACGAGACAAAAGACUACAAUAUGAACAUAGACUGGCCAUGGACUCCCAAAACUGUCCCAAGAAACUUUUUGCCUACUUGAAGCGAAAUGCCAAAACUGGUAGUGGAAUCCCCGCUCUAUCCUCUUUUAAGGAAGGUACCGUCCUCUACGGUGAUGAUGAAAAAGCAAAUCUAUUGGCUGCGCAAUAUUCCUCGGUCUACUCAGUGGAGUCACCAUUGCUCAACAACUGUUUGCCUGCACACCACUCCUCUAUGGACGAAGUUGAAAUUAACCCCGAAGUAGUCACUAAGCUACUUCUCGAACUGGACCCGAACUCCUCCCCAGGCCCGGACGGAUUGCAUCCCAGCUUCCUCAGAACGAUAGCUGAGUACGUCGCCGUCCCUCUCUGCCAAGUGUUUCGGCAAUCCCUCGAAGUCGGCUGCCUACCCACAGGCUGGAAAGCAGGCACCGUCCUGCCCAAAUACAAGGGGGGAAACAAACAAGACCCGGCCAACUACCGGCCAAUAUGUCUGACGUCAGUCGUAUGCAAAACUAUGGAACGGAUAGUCAAGUGCGCUCUCCAGCUACACUGUGAGCAUCUAAACCUCAUCUCACCUGCUCAACAUGGCUUCCGGAGAGCACGCUCAUGCAUCACUAACUUACUCAUCGCCAGGGAAACAUGGGCAGAAGCCAUAGAUACACGAAAACGGGUUGACGUAAUAUUCAUUGACUUUAGCAAAGCCUUUGAUAAGGUUCCACACGUACGACUGCUACAUAAACUCCAGGGAAUUGGCAUUACAGGAAAUCUUCUCUCCUGGAUUGCCGAUUUCUUAAGGGGUAGGACAAUGCGCGUACAAGUGAACCAAACCCUCUCUGCUCCAGUGCCCAUGACUAGUGGCAUUCCCCAAGGAUCAGUGCUUGGACCAGAGCUCUUCAAACUAUACAUUAACGAUCUACCGACUGCGCUACAAACCGACUGCUUGAUCUACGCCGAUGACCUCAAGCUUUGGUCAACAGUAUCCAGCAUUGAGGAUGCGGAUAGAUUACAAGGGGCUCUAGACCAGCUACACGAAUGGUCCAUCAAGUGGGAACUGCCAGUAAACCGAGAUAAAUGCGCUGUUCUCCCAAUGGGUGGCACCGAACCUUACGGUGCAUACCACAUUGGUGGGUUUCUCCUUAGGAAUACCACCCACGAGAGAGAUCUCGGGGUUAUCGUGACUUCUGACCUUAGAACGACGCAGGACACGUUAAAGAAGGUGGCCACUGGAAGGAGACUGGUAGGUGCCUUAAGAAGAUCAUUCGCUCGAAUGACUCCCGAGAUUUUUCGACCGUUGUUCACUUCGUACGUCCGUCCAGUCUUAGAAUAUGGCCUACCAGCUAGCUAUCCGCUUUCAAAGUUUGAAAGCGCUGUGCUGGAAAAGGUUCAGAGACGUGCAUCAAAAGCUGUUCUGGGGCUACGUGAUCUCCCGUACCCCAUUCGACUCCAGAAGCUAAAUCUGUUCUCCCUCGAGCUCCGCCGUCGCCGGGGUGACCUCAUCUACACUAGACGCAUCCUCCGAGGGGAACUUGGAAGUGAGUUACAACAAUUCUUCCGGCCCAACACUGACUGUUCCACCCGAGGGCACACAUGGAAGCUCUUUAAGCAAAGAAGACACAAAAUUCGCAAGGACGUCACCCUAUCCACUAGAGUGGUGAAUGACUGGAACAGCUUACCGGAAGCAAUUGCAGACGCUCCAUCCGAGGAAAGUUUCAAGCGGCUGCUAGACAAACAUUCGCUGAAAAUGCUGGAAUCUUGCGGCUGUCACUGCAAUUACGACGAACCCUCGAGGAACGUCGUAACGCAACGACACGCAUCAAACCCAGUAUGACACGGAAUCGAUGGGGCUGACAAGGGAUUUCCCUCCUGCUCUCUACAACUCAAUGAAC